UUAUUAUAAUCAGAUAUAACAUGCUUAAAUAAAAUUACCUUAAAGGGGACAGAGAAUGAAAAAAAAUGUACCUUGUCUUUGUUGAAUAAUGGUAGUCUACCCACAUUCACGAACAUACAAAAAGUGCUAGACAUGCUAAACAUCUCAGUCUCACAGAAAUUCCUCUGUUAGAAAUGUCAGCCAGAAAACGGCCCAAUCUGAAAAACUGAUGCUUAUGACAUCACAGGCAUCUAACUGCCCCCCCACUUUAAAAUAAUUGGCUACAUUUUUUGAGUGGCAGCAAAGUCAGCCAAUUAGUAAUGAGAUUGCAAGUUAAGCCAGUAGGGGGAGCCAAAUAGGUGCAAAACCACUUGUUUAAAAUCUCCCACCCUAAUAGAGCUAUCUGAGAGAGGUUUUUAGGAAGCUUCUAAGGCAUUACAGACCCAAACAAAAACAUUUUUGUCUACAUGUCACAUCACAGAACAAGGAUAAAUAUCCCGUUCAAUCAUUCAGUCACCUUAAAUUACUUAAUAUAAUAAAACUAACCUUCUUUUUUAAUUGUUUAUUGUCUCCUGUGCACUUUAGUGCUUUAAUUCUGCCCUGUAAGUAAUCCAUCAUUAUCAUUACUUUACACCAUUUUAGUGAAUUAACAGUUUCUGACCUCAGAUAGUGUCUGAAAUGUUAUUUACUGAUCUUACCUCUGUGUCUCUAAAUUUAUACUUUUAGAUUCAACUUGGAAGACCUCAACAUUUAUGGAAACGUCAAAUGAAAAUGCUCCAGAUCACCUGCAAAAAGUGCUCAAAACAAAAAAAAGACAAACAUAUAUUUUUAUCAAUAUUAAAAAAUACAACUUUGUCUUGGAUAUGUCAAGAAAAUAAUAGCAUCAAUAUUUUAAUUCACAUGCUUUUAUACAUAAUUAUACUAACUGUAACUUUGUCUGAUCAGGAAGUUGUACUGUAUAAGCAAACAAGUAUACAAAGCAUCAUUAUGAAUAUAAAAACAUUCUAAUGCUGUUUUACUUGAGAAUUAAAUAUAAAUAAAUCAUAUAAAUGUUAUUAUGUUAUCAUGUUAUUAUUUUGUUUUAUGGUGCUACUUAUUUGUAUUUUUUAAGUUAUGAAGGUUUAAAUCAAAACAACCAACUGCAGUUGAAUUGAUGUUAAUUGGAAUGCACAAAAAAAAACUCUUCGUAUACAAUCUGGGAUUGCUACUGGUGCAGUAAUUGAUGAUAGUUAACAAAAUCGUGUUAUAGUCAUGCAAAAUUUAAGUAAUUUAUUCGUGUCCAUGGCACAAAAUUCAGCUUUUUUGGGGGGCCUUGUGCACGAAUGUCUUUUUCGUUUAUAUCGUACAAAAUUCUAUAAAUCUUUUUCUUUUUUUUGGCAUUUUAUGUAUUGUUUUCUCAUUGUUUUUUCCUAUUUUCUUACCAUUGUCUCUUGGGGUUGGGGUUAGAAUCACUUUCUGUUACAUUCUUAGACAUCCAAACCCCAACUCCAGGCCAGAAUAGUUUUAAAAACGAAAGAAAAACAUGUAGAAACCAAUACAUAAAAGUACAUCCUAACAAGGCCGUAGCCAGGAUUUCCAAAUACCGAGGACGGUCCGUAGAUGCAGGGAUAAUUGUCACGACGGCUACUUUCACAUCAAAAUGAAACAAAACUUCAAGAAAGAACUACAGAGGACAUGACCUCGGUGUCCUCAAUGGUAGCUAUGGCAAACUCCAACCCCAAGCAAUUUAAAAAUAAGAAGAAAAAAUGAGAAAACAAUACAUAAAAUGAUACGAAAAAGAAAGUCGUGCCACAGACACAAACAACUAUUUAUAGAAAUUCAUGCAGGUGACACAAAAUAGACAUUCGUGCUCAAGGCAUAAAACAAUUAUUCAAACUUUCCGUGAGAUCAUGUUGCUUUGCAUGCUUUAGAAACCCAACAUAUUUAGGUGAUUUUACAACAGACAAAACAGAUGUCUUUGGAAACACGGUGGGUGAUUCACUUGCUAAUGCUUAAACAUAUCAAGAUUGUGGUGUUAUUUUACAUUUUGGUUGGCAUAAUAAAGGUGUUUCACUUCCCCUUAUAAAUUUUUUUGCUUUCUCACUUCUUUUAUUUUGCAGUGUUUGAAGGCUGACUCUCCAUUCAUUUGCUUGUGUAGCAGACCGGUCAGAGGACGUGAAAAUAAAAAGAAGAGCAUCAUUUUGACCUGAAGCUAUGAAUUUGUUACUUCGUUUACUUUUUCAAGCUUUUCUGCUGUAUAAGACAUUUGCAUGGCAAGUGACAAUGCCAUCAGAAAUUCAUGGCCUCAGAGGUUCCUGUCUGGUUAUACCGUGCUCUUUCUCUUACUCUUCAUACCCACCUACUAACCCACGGAGAGUUGUGUGGUAUCAGUGGGUGUCGAAAGGCUACCCUUUAGUGUACGAUCUCUGGUAUCCAUAUAAAGUCAUUGGCAAGUUCAGAGGAAAAACUGAUUUAUACGGCGACCCGUCAAAACGGAGUUGCAGUCUGCUGAUCAAAAGCCUGGAUGUGUCACACCACGGAGAGAAAAUAUAUGCAUGGAUUGACCCAGAAAAUGUUGGAUGGCGCACCUAUAGGUUUUUUGACGUGACCUCCACGAUUCGUGUUGACUCAUAUGCGAAGCAACCCACCAUCAAUAUUUACGGAGGCGAAAAGAUGGGUGACAGCAUUACAGUGACAUGUUUUACCUUUCACACCUGUCCAUACAGCACACCAAACAUUGUCCUGAACGGUAUUUACGGAUAUGAUACCAUAGAUGAUGUUUAUAUUAAUAAUGGUCUGUGGAAAACCAUUCGAAAACGCACCGGUUAUGUGAAGGCUGAACGCUCAGAUAUUGAGUGUACUGUAACACAUUAUGGAGGCAUAACAACAAGAGCUACAAAGAACAAAAAUUCUGCAUGUAUUCCUUAUAGUAUAAAAAUUGAGCCUAAACUGGCAGAUGUCACAGAGGGUGUUGCAAAGGACUUCAAUUGUACCGUCCAUCAUUCCUGCCAGACUCCUCCGAUCAUCUCCUGGAACUAUGACAAUAUGCCUGUGAAAAUGGGAAUAAAACAACCUAAAGGGUUCAAAUUGGUCACCAUAAUAUUUUUGGGAGCAAAGACAGACGAUGGGAAGAAAUUGAUCUGCACUGCAAAAUUUUCUGGACAGGACAUCACAGCAUCUGUUGACUUACAUGUAAAACAGUAUGAACCCAAAAUAGUGAACAUAACAGACAUAGAGAAAACUGAAGUCCUGUAUAAGGCAGAUGUGGCACCCAAGAUCACUGCAUUAACCCGUUCCUGUGUGGUGAUACCCUGCACUUUUAACAUGGAAGUGGUACUUGCAACACAACUUCGAGCUCGUUGGGUCUCAGAAAAAGGUUACAUGUACCACACCGGACCGAGCAACGUCUUGGACAACUUCAAAGGCCGCACAAGUCUCCUUGGAAACCCAGUUGAACAAAACUGUACGGUCGAGAUUGAUGACGUAAAACCCCAUGACAAUGGACCGUUCUGUUUCCAAGCAGAAAACGAAGAGGUUGAAUACAAAUUUAAUGACAGCUGUGUGUUCAUUCUUAUCCGAGCCCAACCAGACAAUCCUGUGGUGUCAUCGCUUCCUGAAAACAUUGAGCCCGGGACGCGUGUCACAGUCAAAUGCUCAGUCAAGCACACCUGCCCCUCUCAUCCCCCCGGCAUCACCUGGAGCAUCCCGACUGCCCGAGAAACCGUCAGCCACCGGAGCAUGAGCGGAGGAGUCUGGGAAACAGUCUCUACUGUGACCUUUAUCCCGACCGGAUACGAAGAGAUAGAUGAAAUUGUUUGCAAUGCAAAGUUUUGGGGUGAUAAAGUGAAGAUGGUUAAUGGUACAACUGAACUGAGUGUCAAAAGAAUUCGAGGUGUUGGAAUGGAGAUUUAUGGGCCGUGUGUUAUAGUUCCUGUACUUCUGCUCCUGCUUUGCGCUGCAGUUAUCAUAUUCAAGAAGAGACGCAGUUCUAGGAUGUCUGAAGGAAGAGCUGUCUGGAAUAACAGUAGAGGAGAUAGGGAUUACAACAUGUAUCAGUAAAAAUACGGACUUGAGAUCAUUGUCUUUUUAAGCAACGUGAAAUCUUAAUAGAGAUUAUGGUUGAGCAACCAGCAAAUUUACCAGAAGGAAGUACAUGAAUGUUGUUCUGUACGUCACCCUUGUUUGAGUUCUAGUUCAUGGAAAUUAACAUAUUUUCUAAUUUUUAUAAUUAGUCAUGUAUAAAUCUAACAUACUAAUGUAGUAAAAAUUGACAUAAUUUCAACAUUUUGCUUUUUCUUUUUGCUGUGACAGUAAUACAAGUGUUUGUUAUUUUCUAGAAAUACCACAAAGAUUUUAAUGGUUUUAUACCUGCAUAACAAGCUGACUAACAAUUUCAUGGGAAUAUAGCUAUAAUUUUGAUAUAAUGCUCAUGAUGUAUUCACAUGAAAAAUACGUACAGUAAUGUUUUUUUAGAAAACUUUUUACUAAACUAAAC